AUGGCCUCAAAAUCAACUCAAAGUAAAGAAAAGUUUUGUUAACAUGAAUUUCCAUCAAAUUUCUACUAUAUUUAAAGUGUAAAAACAUCCAUAAUGGCCAGUAAAUUAAGUUCUGAACUAGAUACUGCAGUUCGUAAUAAAAUUCAUUGGAUUAAUCUGCCAGUCCACUUGAAACAAAUUCUUCACAACACACAAAAAGAUUACGAAAAAUAUGUUUUCAACUAUUCAUUAAAGAAUCAAUUGCGCUAUCGUGGAAACUUGGUUCACAAAAUAUUUCGGAAUGAGGAAAAAUACUACGAGAUGCUCAUCGAAAAAUCCAUCGGUACUUAUAAUUUAUUUCCUUAUCACCUGUCAGACGUUGUUACAAAAGGCCUUCGUGUAACUGCUUUCAAUUACUACGUGGAAGUGAUAUCACAUCUGUUGAAGUUAGACAAAAGUUAUGAUACUUUGCCAAACUUCACAGCUGCUGACAUUCUUCGUGUUCUUGGCAUUGGACGAAACGAGUACUUAUUCAUUCUCAGUGAAAUCAAAACAAAAAACUCAUCAAAAUUGUUUCGCAAGCCGAAUCCAUCCCAAUUCCUGCCAAAGUUUCCCGUCCAAAUAAACAUUGAAGAAUGGUGGCAAAUUGAGAUUGGUCUCAUUCUUGAAUCGGACAUCAGAUAUGUUAAUGAGAAAGAACGAGCUGUGAUUGAUGACCUAAUUGAUUUCGGACCGCAAAUAGCGGGAAAUCUUGACUUUGAUGUUGUUCAUAGCUUGUAUAGGAAAGGAUUGAUUUUCUUGGAUGUGCCAAUAAGUGGAGAAGAUUUCAUUAGCAUCCCACCUCUGAAGAAUUUCAUCAUGAAUCGUGUCACUGGUGAUUAUUUCGAAAGUUUAUGUUAUAAAAUCUUCGUGACAGCUGACGAACACAUGAAGAUAUCAGAAUUAGCGACGUUACUUCAAGUCCAUCUCGACACUGUGAAACAUGUGAUAUCACUUUUUUGUCGUCUUGGAUUCGCUAAAUUGAAAACAGCUCGCGAGAUUCAAAAUGUUCAUGAAUCGUGGAAAUAUCGAGCUGAACAGGAAAUGGAACGAUUACAGAUCACUCCAUUGAAUUAUCAUGCUUUACUCUUGGAUAAGACAAAUGAAGCUUUUAUAAAGCAAGAUUUUACUACGAGCAAUGCUAAAAGUCCCACGACACCGGUCAAUAACAACAACAGCGUGUCAACCGAUUACACUUCAUCAUCAGACGGAAAUGCAAGCGAUUUUUCAUUCUUGAAUAACAGAAAAAGUUCACCUGAUGAAUUCGGUUCGGAGAUUGAAGAUUUGAGCGAUCGAGCAGCUGAAAAAUCUCCAGGAAUUCAUGAAAAACGAAUUGGAUUUCUGUUUGAUUCAACAUUGACAGCUUUUCUGAUGAUGGGAAAUCUUUCACCUGGUCUCAAAAAUCAUGCGGUGACAAUGUUUGAAGUUGGAAAAUUAUGUGAAGAAAGUAUGGACACAUUUUUAGCAGAGUUGGAGAAAGUUUCACUCCUCGAUGCUGAAGGUGAAGGUGAAGUUUCAAGAUAUUUUGCUCAUGCUGUUAUUUUAAGAUCAACAAUUAUCGCAUUGAGAAAAUAUUUCAAUGGUUUGGACUUGAUUCGUGUUGAAUGUCUUGAGAAUUUGGAUGUGAAAACGCGAGAUCGUAUGAUUGAGAAGAAAUAUAAAUUUAUUAUAUCAGCAGCACCAUUGACACUCACAAAUUCACUCAACGAUGUUUUUUCGAUUCCGUUCUUUGGACAAUUUUAUCGAAGCUCAGAGUACUCGCAUUUGUGGUCGAAACUUUUUUAUUAUCACAUCUCAGGUUUUGGACCGCCAAGUCUUCUUCUAGUGAAAGGAACGGUUUUAAAAUAUUUACCGCGGUUAUUUUUGGGAUACGGAAAGCUUCUUGUGACAAUUGUUCAUACAGAUUCUUAUGUCAUAAAUUCAGAGAACUUUCGAUCGUUGAAUGAUCAAUUAAGACAGAAUCAUGUGCUUGUUCAAGGCUAUGGCAUUCGACAACCAGGUGAACUCUGUUAUGAAGCUUUUCCAUUUGAUGGAAACACGACAUCAACAACAUCGGUGAAAAAAGGAAGAAAAAUUCCAUGCAAAAACCAAAAAGCUGUUGAUAAAUUGUCAGAACAUUUAAAUCUGAAGAAUGUUUGUGGCUACAUAACAUUUUUAAAUUCUGGCGUGCCAGAUCUUGGCUGUGAAGAUUUCAGCUUAGAUAUUUCUUUACAAAGACCGAAAGCAAAAAAGCCGGGACAUGUAAUUCCUGUCGUAUCAACAACAAGACCAAAUACACUUCAGAAUAUUCCACGCGAUAUUUCAUUCCAAGAUUUACAAUCACCAUUGGAUAGUACGGAAAUCACAAGUUUCAAUAAGAAUAAGACUAUAAUUGAUGGAUCAUUGUCACAGUUGAAAUCACCAGAUGAAAAUUAUUUUGCUGUUACUCCUCAAAAUAAUUCACCUGCAAAUAUUUUUCGAAGUUCUGACUGCAAUGAAUUACUUCAACAUGAACUGGAAAAGUUGGAUUCAAGUGACAAACAAAUGGAAGAAUGUGCAAUGAAAAUACCAAGAAAUAUGACUUCACAAAGUUCUAUUGAAAUCGAGUUAGUUGAUGAAAGCGCCAAUGAAAAUGAAAAGUUGGAAAAUGUAAAGGAAGAAGAAGAAUAUCUUGGAGAGAAUUGGACAAUUAUCGACAUUCAUUUUGGCAUUCCAUUGUUUGAUGUUGAUACGAACACACAAAUAUGUCAGUACAUUAUUAAAAAUUUAGCUAAAGAUGAAAAUCUUUCAAAAAUUCAGGAAAUCAACGCAGAGAUGAAUGAUAAAUUCAUGAAGUUUAUAACACAAUGCAUGUAUUUUGAUGACGAGAAUACAAAAGGCGUUCGAAUAGGAAAAUUGAUUCCACCUCCGCGAAUCAAUCUCGCUUUUGAGAAUGGAAAAAUUUCUUAUUGGAGUGGGAAGUAAAUUAGCGAGAAUCUGUUUUGAUUUAGUUUUUCUUCUUUUUUCACAUAAUUAACUUUUAUGUAGCAGAAAAUAUUUAGAUAGGUUCUUUUAAUUAUUUCAAAUUAGCUGUACAAAAUUAUCCCAAAAAAGAAUCAACUGAAAUAUUAAAGCAAGUCAAAUAAAAGGCGACAAAAAUGAUUUUUAGCAUUUUGAGAGAAAAGAAAAUAAUACUUUAUUAAUUAAAUUUCAUUCGUCAAGGGAGGAUUUGAAAAGUUUCAUUUUCCAUUUGUUUCAGGAUUAUUAUAGAUAAUUCAGGAGUUAAAUUUAUAGGAUUUAAGUUAAUCUGGAUUAAAUGCCUAUUCUCGAAUUUUUCUUGAAAAUCAAAUAACCUUUCAUUGAAU